AUGGAUCCGAACAUCCAGGGCUCUUUCCUCUUCAACAACAGCCUGAACCAGUUCCCCUCAGACCUGAAGGCGCCGGUGUGCCAGUACUCCGUGCCCAACUCUUUCUACAAGCUCAACCCGGGCCUCAACGCCCAGCUGCAGCCAGGGACGCCUCACGGCAUCAGCGACAUCCUGAGCCGCUCCAUGGUGGGGGUCGGUUCCACGGGCACCACCACCCUGCUGUCCGGAUACUCCCCCAUGGGAGGUUUCGGCCCCUCCAUGACCGGCACGUCCAUGUACUACAACCGGGACUACAACGCCUCGCUGGGCGGCUUCUCCAAGACGGCUGCAGAGUGCCCGAUGAAGGGUCGCAGUGUGAGCUGCUGGGCAGAGAGCAGCUGUGAGUGGAGAGGGGGGAGGCAGCCGUGCACCAGCAGCAGCGGUCCUUUUGGGGAGAUGUCCAGCAGGAAGAAACACACCAGGCCAACGUUCAGCGGACACCAGAUAUUCGCUCUGGAGAAAACCUUCGAGCAGACCAAGUAUCUGGCCGGGCCAGAGAGGGCGAGACUGGCUUAUUCUCUGGGAAUGACCGAAUCCCAGGUUAAGGUGUGGUUUCAAAACCGACGCACCAAAUGGAGGAAGAAGAGCGCCUCGGAACCGAGCUCCACGCAGGCGAGCCACGCGGGGCAGAGCGGGGAGGCCUCGGAGAACGAGGUGGAGGACGAGGAGUACAACAAGCCCCUGGACCCGGACUCUGACGACGAUAAGAUCCGACUGCUGCUGCGCAAACACCGCAGGGCUUUCUCCGUGCUGCGCCUGGGACCGCACCCCGUCUGA